GCAACGAACAGGGGCUGUUCCGCAAAACAUUCGGUGCCGGCGGCAAUGGCAUCCGGCGGCGCUGCGCUGCGCUGCCGCCCGCCGACCGCCGCUGGCCUUGCCGACGUCCGUCCCGCGCUCCCCUCUACCGAUUCCACGCUCCCUGACGCUUCCUCCGGCCCGCAGAGCGUCCCCCGUAGAGAAGAACUAGCGGCAGCGCCGGCGGUGGCGCGGACUGGCGUCAGCUCGGCAAUGGCCAGAGAAGCUGAGAAUCCAUGGAGGCUAUAGCUCACCGAGGAGAUGCUCUGAUGCGGGCUAUGAACUCCGUAAUCAUGCAGGCAAUGUGCCACGAUGGUGAUGCCAAUUGCGAAUGCCAUCAUCUACGCUUGUGCGUGCGAUUUGGACGUCUGCGCGCUACAUGUUCGAUGCUUUGCCUUAAAGGGGGGAUACUCUCGAAAUAUUGGUAGACAAUGUCUAGGAUUUCGGAUACAUGACCCUUGGGUGGAAGUUCAGAACUGCUAUUUUGUUUUCAAGGCCACACAUGAACCAAGAAUGAUUCAUGGGAUGGGAUACUCUGCUGCCGCAGACGAAUUGAGACAGGCAACUCUGAACCUGAAUGGCGUGUUCAUUUCGUCAGCCAAGAGCAACCAGAGCAAGUCAGCUUCUUUUGCAGCGGUUGAGCAACUUCAAUUGAUGCCGUCCGCACCAAAUAUGGCCGAUCCUGUUGCACUUUCUUCAGGGGCAGCAGCAUUUUAGCUGCUUCUCUUUGCGUGGCAAAUACA